AUGGACAAAAAAAAAUACGACGUUGCCGUUGAGCCCAUCCACUCGGUGGCCAUGGGCGAGGUGCAAAACUUUGUCUCCCACCACAUUGACGGUUUGACCAGCGAUAAUGAAAAGGCCGAGCGGUAUUUGGAAGAGGCCCAGGUCAACUUGGCCAUGGCCGCUGACACCGGUUACACGCCCGAGUUGAAGCGUAAUUUCUCCACUAUUGCCCUUUUGGGUGUUGGUUUUGGCUUGACCAAUUCCUGGUUUGGUAUUUCUGCGUCGUUGAUCACCGGUAUCUCGAGUGGCGGGCCCAUGAUGAUUGUCUACGGUAUUAUGAUCAUUGCUGUGGUGUCCAUGUGCAUUGCCAUUACGCUUUCCGAGCUUGCUAGUGCCAUGCCUAAUGCUGGUGGCCAGUACUACUGGACCAUGAAGUUGGCUCCUCCAAAGUACGCUCCAUUCUUUUCGUACAUGUGUGGUGCUUUUGCCUGGGCCGGAUCUGUGUUCACCAGUGCCUCUGUGACGAUUUCGAUCGCCUCCUCUUUGGUGGGAAUGUACGCUUUGGGUUCAGGUGGGCCUGACUUCACUGUCAAACGUUGGCAAGUUUUCAUCACAUACGAGAUUGUCAAUGCCUUGUUGGUGUUCUGCAACAUCUGGGAGAGACCUUUGCCCCGUAUUUCGCAGGCUGCUUUAUACGUGUCCUUGUUUUCGUUUGUGGUUAUCACAAUCACCGUUUUGGCUAAAAAUUCGGGCCACUACCAGAGUGCUCAUUUUGUGUUUGUGGAGUUCUCUAACGGAACUGGCUGGCUGUCUGCGGGUAUCGCUUUCAUCGUUGGUUUGGUCAACCCUAACUGGUCUUUCAGUUGUCUUGACGCUGCAACCCAUUUGGCCGAAGAAACCCUCAGUCCUGAAACUGAUAUCCCCAAGGCUAUCAUUGGCACUGUGAUUAUUGGUUUCAUUACUUCUUUCUCGUACGCUAUUUCGAUGUUCUUCUGCAUUACCGACUUGGACAGCAUCUACGCUUCUACUACCGGUGUGCCUAUUAUGGAUAUUUUCUACCAGGCUUUGAAAAGCAAGGCUGGUGCGAUUGUGUUGAACUGUUUGAUUCUCCUCACAGCGAUCGGAUGCAACAUUGCAUCACACACGUGGCAGGCCCGCUUGUGUUGGUCUUUCGCCAGAGAUAACGGUUUGUGGGGCUCCCAUUGGUGGGCCAAAGUCAACACCAGAACCGGUGUUCCAGUUAAUGCUCAUCUCAUGUCGUGUGCAUGGUGUGCCGUUAUUGGUUGUAUCUAUAUGGGUUCUACCACCGCUUACAACGCUAUGGUUGUGGGCUGUAUUGUUUUCCUCUUGAUGUCCUAUGCUGUUCCAGUCGUCUUUAUGUUGAUUAAAGGACGUAACAACGUGAAGCAUGGACCAUUCUGGUUAGGAAAAGUGGGCCAUGUUUGCAACUACGUAUUACUCUUGUGGACGCUCUUCGCUACUGUUUUCUACAGUUUGCCGUCGGUCAUGCCUGUGACUGCUGGUAACAUGAACUAUGUGUGUGUGGUGAUUGGAGUUUUCGGUGCCUACUGUGUUGUUUACUGGCACAUUCGUGGAAAAUCAAAGUUCACCACGAUAGACGAGAGAGAAAGCAAGAUUCCAGAGUUGACGCAACAGUUGUCCAACCAAAUCGAACAGUUGGAGGCUAUUGUUUCAGGAAAAGGCUUUUCAGAGUAA